AUGGAAAAUUUGCCAAAUGGACAAAACAAUACAAAUCUAAAUGGAUGCGUUGAAGAAGAAGUAGAUUUAGAAUUUUUACCACUUAUUUACGAAAUUAUAAAAAGAGAUCCAGCACAUGACAGCUCUCAAAAACCUCGAGAUUCUCAAGAUACAAGUGCUAAAAUUCUUGAAUUAGAAAAAAAACUUAUUCAAUCUAGGGAAAGGGUUAAUCAGUUACCUGGAAUCGAACACAGUCAAGAAGAACAACUUAAACAAGUAGAAAAUUUAAGAAAACAAAUAUUAUUAAAAAAACAAUUACUUAAUAAAUAUAGAAAUAUGUGCAAUUUUUCUAUGCCCAAGUUGAUAUUAAUUAUAUUAAACAACUUGAUGAAUAAUGAGCAACUAGUAAGAAAAUUAGCUGACUCAUAUCCAAUGCGAAGAGCAGCUCAGUUACUCGUUUAUUUUUAUCAUAAAAAUAAAGAGACAGCAUUGGAGUUUAAGAAUUUGAAACAGUUAAAUGGGUUAAACCUUGUACAAAAGCUGGAAAAAAUUUAUAAAGAAUUAGAAAAUAAAAAGAAAAAACUACAAUGA